UCAGCCUGCCUUGCCACAGUUUUACGAUGUGUUAGCAUUUACAUUCACGUGUUGUUAACCAUUCUUCGGCGCGAUGCAACGUUUUAUCUGUCUGACCUCAACCUUUGCCAUAUGCUGGUGCAAACUGUUCAGCUUAAGCCCGGGCGAGCUGAAGAAAAGGAAGGGGAGAAAAAGAAACACUGAAAUAAUGGAGGGAGAGAGAGGAAAGGAGGGUCCCAAAAGCACGUUGCCGGGUAGCCUCUGUUGUCGCUCUCGAUGGCUUUACCUUCCUCUCGGUUUUCCAUGGAAACGUUUUGAAAGCCAAUUGAGGGAGGAAAAAAAAAAAAGAAGGAAAAAAAAGGGCAAAAAACCUCUUGUGGACUUCGUGGGUGGGAACUUGGCUUGGAAUCAAAUACCCUGGAAAUGGACAGCUGAGAAGAUGAAGCACAUGCAGGUGGUUGUGCUGUUCCUCAUGCAAAGCAUGAUUGCUCUGGCUGGAACAACGACAACCGAAGCGGAAAAAACCCUUCGUCUCAACACAACGCUUCAGUAUCUGACUCAGCCUGGCAAGACGACUGUCGACUUGCAUACCACCCCUAAGCUCUUUACCAGCAUCCCUGGCUCUGUGGAUGACAAGGGAACUUGUCAGUGCUCUGUGUACUUGCCGGAUACCACCUUUCCAGUGCAGAAGGUUGAGCAAUUGGAAAUUAUAGCCUCAACACUCUCGGAGAAAUUCCAGCUAGAGCUUUCUCAAGUGAGAGAGUACACAAAAAAGAUUGAACUGUAUCAGCAGCAUAUCCAUAAUCUAACCCUCAGAGUGGAGCAUGUGGAGCAGGGCAGUAUAUCUUACACAGAGCUGGACUUCCAGUUACUCAAAGUGGAAAUCAGAGACCUAGAGAAACUGGUCACACAGCUGAAAUCCAGCCUUGUUGGAAGCAACGUCAUCGUCGAGCAAAUAUUUGUGGAGAUCACAAACCUGACUCUCCUGGUAAACGAACUAGAAUCACUGGACAAAAACAAUGUUCUUGCAAUUCGCCGGCAAAUUGUCUCUCUGCAGAAUCGAUUGAAAGAGUGCGAAGAGAACGCAAACAAGACUACAGUAGCCCCUUAUUUCCCACCAGGUAGCUGCACUCACGGUGGACUGCUGAAUAUUAGCGAGCCCUAUGUUGUAAAGUUGAACUGGAGAGGAUUUUCAUACAAAUAUGGUUCCUGGGGUAGAGAUUAUUCUCCCUCUAAUCCAAAGAAGGAAGUCUAUUGGGUUGCACCAUUGAACACAGAUGGGAGAUACCUGGAAUACUAUAGAAUUUAUAGUUCCUUUGAUGAUUUGCUGCUGUUUAAACCCACCUAUGAAAGUAGAAUAACAUAUGGGGAAGGGAGUGGUGCUGCCCUUUAUGAUAAUUUUUUAUACUAUCAUUCUUAUAGUUCAAAAUACAUGGUGAAGCAUGACUUAAGAAAAAACAGUGCAGUUUUGAGUAAGGAGCUUCCAGAGGCUGUCACCGGUAACCGUUUCUCUUAUGCGGGUGUGGCAUGGCAAGACAUAGAUUUUGCUGUGGAUGAAAAUGGGUUAUGGGUAAUAUAUUCAACAGAAAAUAGCAUGGGCAACAUUGUGAUUAGCAAACUCAAUGAAACCACACUUGAUGUGCUGAAUACUUGGCAGACAAGACAGUAUAAGCCAUCUGUUUCCAAUGCUUUCAUGUUAUGUGGUGUUCUGUAUGCCACGAGGACAAUGAACACUAGGAAAGAGGAAAUCUUUUACAUGUAUGACACACAUACUGGCCAAGAAAGUAGAAUUAGUGUUGUGGUAGAUAAAAAGUUAGAUAAAAUCCAGAGUAUUAACUAUAACCCCUCAGAUCAGAAGCUGUAUGUUUACAAUGAUGGUUACCUCCUAAGAUACGAUAUGAUCUUUCAGCCUUAG